AUGAAGAGCAGAAGAUUCUACAGGCAUUACCGGUCUAACAGUUUCGGCCCCCGCUGGUUGAUUUAUCAAUUCCUGCUCGCCGAUGCUAAAUUGAGUGACGCUUUGCAUCUUGGUUCGUAUUAUGGGAUUGUCACACUACUCACCUGGCUUUUGACCUUUAUUGUUCUCGUCUAUUCGUUUACGUGCGCGAGGACGAUAGAUUCGUACGAGGAGGAUUUUCUGGCUUUGCAGAAAGAAGUAGACAAGAAAUUCCCGCGGAAGAAAAGCUUGAUGGACAUCAGACCUGCUUACAACUGUAUUCGUAAACACUUGCAACAGACCGACGUGUUCCAGGAGAAAACAAACAAAAUGUUGCACAAGAAUCUUCUGGAACUCGAAAUCUUGAACAGCAGGAUCAACUGUCUCCGUAAGCUGUUGAAAUCGGAGGCGGAGUCCGAAUGGCAGCGGAACAGAUUACCGAAAGUGUAUUAUCGUCCCAUUGAUUCAUCUGCAGCGGAGCAAUGGCCAGCAGCGUUACAAUGUAAUUAA